UCAGGUCUUCCUGAUGCUUACACUGCAGGUGUUUAUUCCGCAUCCCAGUUUCCAAUCUUCCCAAUUGGUUUAGAAAGAACCGGCUGGGUCAAAAUGCUGCUGGAGGAGCACUGAUUUCUCUCUGACCGUCUCCGGUGGGAGGAGAGCUGAACAGAAUGUUGUACCUAAACAGUCUGACCCUGGCUUUACUUUUCUCUGCGAUGAUAUUAACAAGAGCCCAACAAUCCGAAGAACCAGAAACCUGUGGUGCUGUCUCGCUUUGCUGGGAAGUGACAUCAAGUCUCACAUCUGAGAGAAGGCAAAUUUAUCUAAACAGUAACAAUGUCCUUGAGGCUAACAGACUAAGAAAAUCUGGCUCCUGGUUUCUGGCACCGAGAACACAGCACACUCUACAAUACUCGCUAGCAAACAAGUCUUCUACCUGGAGAAUCUACACCAUGUGUCCUCCACACCUCCUGGUGGAUUCCCUAAAUGGAAGCGGUGCAGAAAUGUCUCCCAUCCAGUUUGCUGACUUGAAAAUCGAAGACUCUGACCAAAGAUUCCCGUUCCAAAGGAGCAUCAAUCUGGGCUGUCAGGGAGAAGUGUUUUACAUCUCUGAGGCAGAUGGUGUAGCUCUGGUAUUAGUUCUUGCUGCUGAAUUCCCCUUGAAGAUCACUACAGCAAGUACUGCUCUGAGUUUCUCUUGGGGUUUCAGAGACUGUUUCUUUGAGGAUUCUCCUUGCGCCCUUCUGUUGCUCAACAUGAGGGGCAACAAUGUGCAUCAAGAGAUGGUUCGAGACCAGCCCUAUGAAAUCAAAGGCCUAACACCAUGUGAAGGUUACACGUCAUGUUUGAUGAUUGCAGGGCAGCAUGAUAUCUGUGCUGCUAGCACAACAGAUCCUAUGCCACCUAAUAACUUAACCAUAAUCAGUUCGAGUGCUCAUAGCCUUACUGUUUACUGGGACAAACCAGCUUUGGGAAGCGUCGACUGGUUCCAACUGGACGUCCACUUGCUUGGGCAGAGGGGAGAGGUCAUCAAUCCAUUACUUCAGUCUUACAGUUUAAUACAAAGUGGAACAACAUUCCUUAUCGAUGGGCUGCCAGCUUGCCAGAAGGUGAAUGUUUCUCUCGCGUCUGUAUGUGAAGCAGUUGAGAUCAAGAAACGUCCAGAGAUCUUUGUGGUGGCAAAUCUAGCUCCCAUAAAGUUUGUGAAAGUUACUCAGACAGCUGGCUCCACUGAUGGCUAUGUUGUGUCCUGGUCAGUGACGGGCAAUCCAUCAGGAAUAUUCUUCUAUAUCUACAAACAUGGAACUCUGCAACGUGUCCAGAAACAGACAGAAUAUAUUUCAUCUGGUCUCGAACCCUGCACCCAAGAGACGUUAACAGUGGAGGCUGUUUGCAGGACUGGUGCAGUGGCAGACUCUAGAACAAUCACUGUGGCAACAGCGCCUGAAAUGAUCACUAAUCUGUUCUACAAGCAAACUGUUGAUGGAGGCUUUUUCUCCUGGAAACCUCCACCCGUAUUUCAUGGUGUUUCUAUCAGUGUUGUUAACGUGUUAACAGCUUUCACCAGGAAGCAUUAUUACCAGGUGUUGGGCUUGGAUCCUUGCACUCAAUACCAGUAUGUGUUUGCAACAGUCUGUGGGCACUGGAGGAGUGAAGCUAUCACCAGGACCGAGUUCACAGGUUGUCCUUUAGACAUCCCACCUUCUGGCUAUAGAAGCAUUGUGGUGCUGCCAGAAAAAAUACAUUUCUGCAUUUACUUUCCAUGGAUGUUUUCUGAUUAUAUGAAUGACCCAACUUCUAGAGCAUACCUAAAAUUGGCAACUAUCGCUAAUUCCAAGAUUCUGCAAUUAUUCUUGGAUUCUGGUCAAUUCUCCAGCGUAGAAGUAGAGAUGUUGUAUCUGUCAAAAAGCAAUGAGACAGUUGAGAUGAAUGUUGCAGCAGAUGUCCACUUCAGUGACACCACCUCCAGCUUUGUGCACUUUUUGGCUGGCAUAAAUGAUUCGAAUGUGUUUCCAAUGGGCAGUGCACUAUUCUGGAAUGAUGAGGAUGAAUGUGCAAAUGCUACGGCUAAUGAUUGCCCAGUGGAAUCAGACUGCAUCAAUACUUUUGAUUCUUUCACCUGCAUCUGUCAUCAAGGGUACCUUGAAACCAAUGGCCAGGAGAGAGUUUGUAAAGAUCAUGGAGUGUUCACACGUUGUGAACCAGGUUUAAUGGAAAUAAUCGUAUCAAAAGAAUUUUUAGCGGAUCGGGUGAAGACCGGAACAAACCUGGUCUUGAAUGAUGGUGGCUGUGCUGUCAAAGAAGGGCCAGAGUAUUACACUUUCACAAUUACUAAAAACCAGGAUUACUGUGGAGGACAGCUGCUGCUAAAUGAGACUCACAGCAUAUUUAAACAUGUCAUCACUAAUGAGUUCCAUUCUGAUUUAAUAAUCCGAGAAGAGCCACUAAUAUUUGAAGUCAAAUGUGCCUAUCUACGUAGAUCCUUGGUGAACAUGUCUCUGCAAGCCCCCCAACACAUCAGGAUUUUUAAGCCUAUCGUGCAGUACCAUGAAGCGAAACUCCAACUCUCCAUGACCCUGUACAAAGACGAUACUUUUUCGCCUGAUGCUGUUUAUGAGGCAAGUCCAGCAAUUUGGCUGAAUGAUGAUCUCUAUUUGGAGGUCAAAUUCUCUGGGGCUUUUGGCACUGCUUUUGUUCUGCAAGUAGCUUCGUGUUGGGCAACGACCACACCUGACUCUCAAGAGAAGAGGAAAUUCCACUUCCUUCAAGAUGGCUGUCCUAAUGAUGAGACAUUCAGGUUGCAUUCUGCAAAUGGAGCUUCCAGUAGUAGUCGAUUUUCCAUCAAGAUGUUUCACUUUGUUGAAGCAGCAAACCACCCCAUCUAUCUUCAUUGUCAAGCCAAUAUCUGUCAUACUGGGACUGCUGAUUGUGUAGUGAAGGAAUGUUCUGCUGAGCAGUUUGCUAAAAGAUUACAACGGGAUAUAUUGGUAACCGACUCUAAGCCUGUGAACGGAAUCGUCACUGUUGGACCCAUCGAUCUGUGGAGCACGACUGAAAGUGGGGCUUUAGAUCUGGGAGCUGCAGCAAUAAAGUGGCAAGACUUGAAAGUGCUUCUUUGGUUAGCCGGUGGUUUAAUGGGAAUGACACUGCUGAUGUUGUUUGCAGUUGUUUUAAUGAAAUGGAUUAGGAUUCAAAAUACACAGUCUAGAAUUGCUCGUGCUUGAUUGAAGGAUGGGCAACUUCUGCCAUUUAAAUGCUCAUGGAACCUCAACCUAUAUAAAUUCAGAUUCAUGUAUCAAUAGUGCUGUGUUAAAAUAAAGGAGAAUUGAUUGUG